AUGUUACUAUCCAAAACGGAUAUCAACUAUGAUAUAACAAAAAAUAUAUCAAUUACGCGAACAGCCGGCACAAGAAUGAUGCAGAACAGGGUCAUAGGGGUCAUCUCCCGCGCGCCCCACCUUCGCAACGGAGCCGAGGUCAGAGCGGUGUUACCAUGGCUACGAAAGAAGAGUGAGCUGCUCAGUAAAUCCAACAAUGAAGUUUUGGAAGAUAUUAUAACGAACUGUGACUACCGGCGUGCGAUUAAAGAUGACGUCAUCGUCACGCAAGGAGAAUGUGGCGACUGUUUCUACAUAAUGCUUUCUGGCAAAACCUCGGUAUUUAUCGACACAACUAAAUCCGACGACGACGCAGACCAUCCCGACGCCGACAACAAGAACGAAGACCAGGAAUCAAGCGAGGGUUCAUUGAAUGGAGAAGAAAUUGGCACCAAGAAAAAGAAACCGCUGGACAGAUCCAAAUACGGGAAAUUCAUCAUACAUUUCGGCGCGGGCAAGAGUUUUGGUGAGAUUGCACUGAUAAGCGAGGACAGUGUUCGGAACGCUACGGUUAUUGGUGACGAGGACACAGACCUGCUCGUUAUUCACAGGGACCUCUUCAAUAGAUCCAUGAAGGCCCAGCAGGAAAAGGAAUAUGCGGAGAGGAAGGCGUUUAUCGAGGAAAGCUGGCUGUUUUCUGAUUGGUCCGCCAAGUUCAAGCACCUGCUCGAGAUGAGUCUUCGCAAAGAGGUUCUACACUACGGCACAUGUCUUAUGAAGCAGGGGGAACCUGCAGACGGACUGAUAUUCAUUUUAAGCGGUCAGGCGAAGCUGAUGACGGACCCAGGGCGCCACGCCCAACAGUUUCCGCAGCUGAUGACCCAGCGCUCAGUCAUAGAGAGGGAGUUCGGCAUCAAUAAUAAGGAGAAUGUACACCGGAAGACUCCACGCGGCCUAACUCAGCGGCAGAUCCGAGUACGUCGGAAAGAGGGCUACGCGGCCGCUGAGAGACGCUACAUGACCAAGACAAUUGACGUGUGUACCAUUGAACGAAACGAGGCGUUGGGUGACAUGGAGAUGGUAAUGGAGAUGGACACGUGCCCGUGUACCGUCACAUGCACGGCCAAUACUACCGUUCUUAUUCUGGACGCCAAGAACUACGACCGCCUCGUCGUUAAGAAAAACCCGAACACCAUCACCAAGUUGCGUCACAGCGUCCUAAAGAAGCUCCACAGUCGCCUGUCAACUACGAAUGGAUGCCAUGUUCCGCUGCUCAAAACAGUGCACGACAAACUUGCCGAGGAACUCAGACCGAAAAUCCGUGAAGAAUCUAAAAGAAUUAAGGUUGACGAUGAUAGAAAUACAAAGCUAGCAAUGAUGGUUAAACUGUAUUUAAAAGACAGGGGUCCACUGUUGGAUCCUUUGUUGCCGGACUCCUUCCAAGCGAGGCUAAGCUCGGAAAGGCGAAAUAAAUUACUUGAGAAAAGGAUCAACCAAAAAAUUGAAGAUGCGGCGUUACAGCGGCAGCGGCGGCAUCGGGCUCCGCGGUCUCUAAAGCAGCUCAAAUCCAGCGCCGCUGAGUCCGAGCUGCUACAUCCGGGCGGAAGUUGGCUAGCAACCGCUAAACCAUCCAUGGAUAGACAAAUACGACCGAAAACUGCGAUAGGCAUUGAAUCAAGGUCGGCCAUUGAAGCGUUAGGUGCGCAAAGACCGGAAACGUCUCCUUCGAAGUCCGGUGGAGUAUUUCAUUUAACUGAGUGUGAGACUUCUGAUGAAACAGGCGAAACAGUAUCGAAGGAAAGAUCAGUUCUUGUAACAGAGGAGUUUGAUCACGUCUUUCAGCAAAUCGACACGAUACAGCGAGGAAAGUCAGUGGCGAGGUCAAAGGUGAUUUGUUCAGUGGCAGCAAAGAGUGAAUUGCGAGACGAGACGGAACGCGCUCACCUUGGAUACACAGCAGACGACAUGUACGAUCUCCAUGACGACGACUAUUUUGAUUAUGAGACAAGUGCGAGCAAGCUGAAAAGCCUAGAGGAGAGAAUGAAGACCUUUUGUGAUGGAGUGCGGACCAAGCGUUACAACGACCCGCUUCGUGUCGACGAGAUGCGCACAUUCAUAGUAAAGGAUUCUGACAGUGUUCCAAUGUCAGGAGGCACAGUGUAUGUAAAUCGGCGUCCAUGUUUGCUUCCACGAAACGCAAGAGCCGGAAGUGACGUUCACCAGCACGUGCGUCGCUACAUAAUAACGCGGGAUGCGAGCCAGUAUACAUCAUCAGCAUCGUCGUUGCGACCAAAGUCUGCCAUGGUCGUCUCAAAUAAACAGCGAGAAAGGCCCAGGACGGCCUAUUAGUUUACAAAAUAUUUUAUGUUUGAAUAUAUCUGUAAUUGUAUGCAUUAAUUAACUUUUUAUACUAUACUGCUCAUCUAUUAUUACAAUAAGCAGUGUUAUAUACCAUUAUAUGUUAAACAUACUGUAGAAUUUCACUUAAA